AUGGAUCGGCUCGACGAUUGGAGCUUCAAGUCCAAGAAAAUAAUGGACCUGGAGGAGGAUUUCUUUUUCCACUAUGGAGCGGAGGAAAUGACAGAUUAUCAGGACCCCACUGAACUUCUGGCUGCUUUGAAACAAAAGGAGGAAGAGGUUAUUUUGGCAGCCCAGCUGGGAAACGCAUUGCUCCUAGAAAACCGUCAGCUGAAGGAGCAGAGCGACAAACUUCAUGAACAAUACGCAGAGAAGCUGGAGGAGCUGGAGCAGGGAAGGCAUGAGCUGCGACUGAAGCUGGAGGGCUGCCAUUCCCAGUGGGAGAGCCAGGUGGGCGAGCUGGAGGGGGAUGUGAGGGAACUGAGCGCCCAGGUGGAGCAGCUCACCCGGGCGCUGAGCGAGGCCGAGAGGGAUAAGAGUCGAGCUCAGCUGGAGCACAUCGAGAAUACUCAGCGGCUCCAGGAGGAGCUCAAAACUGCAAUGGAGGUGGAGAGAGCCAUGUCCAGUGAGCUGCAGGCUCUGAAACAGGAGCUGCAACAAAAAGGAAGUCACAACAGGCAGCAGGACGAGGAGCUGAUGAGUGCAAUGAGAGAGCAGGUGUUGCGUCUCACACAGAAGGAACAGGUGCUGGAGCAGCGGUUGGAGAGCGUGUGUCAAGAAAAUGAAGAGCUGAGGGCGAGUUUGGCCUCCUUACACACACGCUUGGCUCUGCACGACCAACUCAACAAGCAGCACAGCCAGCAGCUAGCCGAGGCGUGGCAGGAGGUGGAGGCGGCGCAGGGUCAUUCACAGCAGCUACAGGCCCAGGUGGAGGAGCUUCAGGAGGAGGUGUCCCUGCAGGAAGCCAGGAGCUACGGUGACGCCUCCCUGCUGUCCGAGCUGGAAAACAGCCUGGAGACAGUGGGCCUUGGAGUCAGCAAAGAAGAGUUAAUGCAAGAAAUGGGAUCCAUCCUUCAAUUACUCCUCCCACUGACCAAGGAGCUGAACAGCUCAGAACAGCCAGAGGUCGUUGAUCAGCAGGAAGACCUGAAGGCCAUGGUGCAACGGCUGAAGGGAGUGGUUCAAACUCUUUCACAGGGAUCCAGGCCACAGGAGCUGAAUCAGGGUUUUGUCGAAGCGAUGGGUGAUAAAAGUGGAAAUCCGAGCGCAGCGCAGGAGUUGAAAGAUCAGAAUGUGCAACUGCAACAAGAAAAUACUGAACUGAUGCAGAAGCUGCAGAGCGUUCAAGAUCAAACUGACGUUGUCCAACAGGCCAUCAGAGACCGAGAUGAAGCCAUAGCCAAGAAAAACCUGAUGGAAGAGGAAUUGGUGAGAAGUAAAAAUGAUAUGAUGUCUCUCAACAACCAGUUACUGGAAGCCAUCCAACGCAAACUGGAGCUGUCACAGGAGCUGGAGGCCUGGCAGGAUGACAUCCAGAUCUUCAUUAACCAGCAGCUCAAGUCCCAGCAGCAGUUGGAGCAGCCUCAGAAGAAGCCCACCUCCAACAACAGCAUGUCAUUCUUCCGCAGACCCAGCAGGACGGCCUCCACGUGGACACGCCAGUCGUCCUCCUCCUCCUGGAACUCAGACUGUGAUCAGGAUAAAACCCAGUCCCCAUGGAGGGACUGGUUAAGACGGGGCAAAGGGGCACAAUACAGCAAAUAAUAAGCACUAAGUGCUAAAACACUACUGGACUACUGUGGAGCUGAUGUACCAAGAGUAAAGGUCAAAGGGAACUUACAAGUGGAGCUGCUUGUACAUCAAAUGAAGAAAAAAAAAAAAAGCCAUGAAGACAAACAGAGCCACUGCAAACAAAGACUUGUCAGACAGACAUGUGCUGAAACACAUUUCACUGAGAGGCCAGACCUUCUUAAAAUGUAAACUGCGACAGCCUGGAGCACUAACAUUUUGACAGAAUUACAAUUGAACGUUUGACUGUAAAUGCUGCGCCUUGUUUUGUAAUGUUGUGAAUAAGUAGCUCAGUGUAAAGUAUUUGUUCACAUAAAUGAUAAUUUAACACAUCAAGACAGAUGUCAUGAAGGACAGCCAUGAAGUAACUGAUCAAACACUAUGAUUUUAGUUGGACUGAAUUUGUCUUUACCAUGUAGGAUGUAAAAAGGUUAUUUUUUUGUUCUUUUUUUUUAUUGCCAGUUUUGCUAAAUAAUGUGUUUGAGAAACACUGUUUUCUUGUACCUUAAGAAAGAUGUUGUUUUUUGUUUUUUUUUUAAAUAAUUUUGCUCUCAUAUUUUUUGUUAAAAACAAACACAUUGUCUGAA